GGAGUUUUUUUUAAUGUUUUUUUUAAUUGUUAUUAUUAUCUGCAAAGUUCUUGGGUUGCGCGCGUGCCCUGCGGCCGUUCUUGUUGCUAUCGAUCUUACUAUGAACUAAGGGGGAAGGAUUAGCGUUUAUUUUCCCCGUCCUAGAUAAGUGUGGUAGCUAGGUGAGUAUGCGGUUUGCAACAAUUAAUUGGGGGGAGUGAUUUUACGAAAACUGUCGCUUGAGGAGGUGUGUCAUAUUUUUAGUUAGUGUUAAUUUGUGGUAUUUUUCUCUCUAGUAUGGAGGUGACAUAAGAUGCUGGAACACAAAUUUCUUUUUUUUUAAGGAAAAAUGUGGCAGUACAUCAUCAGGAAUAGUAAAAAUUCUCUGAACUGGGUCAGUAACAGCUCAACUGUAGCUUUUGGUGCGAAUAAUUUAGCGAAUCGAAUUUUUUUUCUUCGAAUCUUGUGCUGUACUCCUGUUAAGAACAAAGCUGCUGCGUGUCGAUCUAUAUGCUUUUGCGAUGUGGGGAUGCUGAGUUCGCAUGUUGCAACAGUUGGGGGUUGAGUGCGGUGGUCAUUCUUUUGUUCCUGGAACCUUUGGCAAUCGGCAUCUUGCCCGACAUGGACUCAUGUUUUUCAGGCCAAGUCCAGGACUUCAGCAGGAUUUGUCUGAUGCCCAGUUGCCUACUUCCCACUUGGGCACUGUCUAUGUCAUGGAAAUAUAUACUUCCAUUGCUGCUACCUGACACUAAUGAGCAAUUCACUAGAUUACCAACUGUUAUUACUUAUUAGUAGAAUUUAAGAAACUCAUUACUACUUGUUAAAACGAAGUUUUCAGCUGUAUUUUAAGGUCGAAGGAGAUGGCUGAGGUUGACACCUUCCUCUUCACUUCCGAGUCCGUCAAUGAGGGACACCCUGACAAGCUCUGCGACCAGAUAUCCGAUGCGGUGCUUGAUGCGUGCCUUGCUGAAGACCCUGAAAGCAAGGUUGCCUGUGAGACCUGCACCAAGACCAACAUGGUCAUGGUGUUUGGUGAGAUCACUACCAAGGCCAAUGUUGACUAUGAGAAGAUCGUCAGGGAUACUUGCCGCGGCAUCGGCUUUGUGUCCAAUGAUGUAGGCCUUGAUGCUGAACACUGUAAGGUGCUUGUCAACAUUGAGCAGCAAUCCCCUGACAUCGCACAGGGUGUCCAUGGGCACUUCACCAAGCGCCCAGAGGAGAUUGGUGCCGGUGACCAGGGGCAUAUGUUUGGAUAUGCAACCGAUGAGACCCCUGAAUUGAUGCCACUCAGCCAUGUUCUUGCUACCAAGCUCGGUGCCCGUCUCACCGAGGUCCGCAAGAACGGGGCAUGCGCAUGGCUGAGGCCUGAUGGGAAGACGCAAGUGACAGUGGAGUACCAGAACGACAAUGGCGCCAUGGUCCCUCUCCGCGUCCACACCGUGCUCAUCUCCACCCAGCACGAUGAGACCGUGACCAACGACGAAAUCGCGGCUGACCUGAAGGAGCAUGUCAUCAAGCCUGUCAUCCCAGAGCAGUACCUUGAUGAGAAGACCAUCUUCCAUCUCAACCCGUCAGGUCGCUUCGUCAUCGGUGGACCUCAUGGAGAUGCAGGUCUCACCGGGCGCAAGAUCAUCAUCGACACCUACGGUGGCUGGGGAGCACACGGUGGUGGCGCGUUCUCCGGCAAGGACCCGACCAAGGUUGACCGGAGCGGAGCCUACAUUGCAAGGCAGGCGGCCAAGAGCAUCGUUGCCAAUGGCCUCGCUCGCCGCUGCAUUGUCCAGGUGUCGUAUGCCAUUGGCGUGCCGGAACCGCUCUCGGUGUUCGUCGACACUUACGGCACGGGCAAGAUCCCUGACAGGGAGAUCCUCAGGAUUGUCACGGAGAACUUCGAUUUCAGGCCAGGCAUGAUCAUCAUCAACCUCGACCUGAUGAGGGGUGGCAAUGGCCGCUACCUGAAGACGGCGGCUUACGGGCACUUCGGGAGGGAGGACCCUGACUUCACCUGGGAGGUGGUGAAACCCCUCAAGUGGGAGGAGCCUUCUGCAUAAACAAACACUUGCAGCCUCUAAAACUGUUUUGGAAAUGUUUCCAUUGAUUUUGGAGAUGUUUUUAUCUACACUUCAGCCUCUGAACUUAAUCAGACCGUCACUACAUGUAUCUAUUUUCACUGCCUUAGUAGCAGGCAGGUAUGUUUAAGGUCUUAUGCUGCUUAGUGUUCUUGUGUUAAAGAAGCUUGUGUGGUGAGUGGUGGAGGGGAUGAUGAAACUAUAAAGAAACUGAAGCCUCUCAUUGGUCCUUGUCUUGUGCGCAGUGCACUUCUGUCCAAAUCUGGUGUCUUGCUUGAUCUCUGAAUAAUUAAGCAAGCUCUCUUGCA